AUGCGAAACUACAUACUGUUGAGCAUUGGUGUUAUGCUCUACCUGUACAGUAAGAACGUGUUUCAUCAAAUAACAUUAAAAUGUAUUACUGGACAAGAUUUAGUUAAUUUAAAAGCCAACAAGUUAAAUUCAAUUCGAAUACUGCCAAGUUUUUCUGUAGCUGACGAUGCUAAUAAUUUGGAUGCAUUAAAAACUAAACGGGAAUUGUACUACGUUGCUGGUGGUAUGUUCGAAUACUGAUUUAUUGCAUUGUUUUAAAAAUAUUUAUAUUAUUACAUUUCAAUUGAAAUAUUAUCGAAUUUAGAAUUGGACUUUCGAUUAGUUUACUCAUGGAUGGAAAACUUUGUAAAUACGAUAUCACUGUCUAAAAUAGAGUCGUAUGUUUCAUCUGAACUAUCUUUCAACACUUUGAUCAAAGAACUGUUUCGUCAUUCAGAUGUUGAGCUAUUGUUUGGCAAAUUUGAGACAAAAUACGAAGUUUUUGGGUUAUAUUUGUUUACAAUUGUUAGUAUAUUGUUGUUAAUGGAAGCGAGGAUGAUGGAUAACACGUUGGUAUUAUUUCCAUGCUCAAGGUUUAUAAUUUGUGUCUAUGGCAUUGGUGACAAACUAAUGUUCGAUCCUCAAGUGGCGGGAGUUUUGCAAGAAAAUGCGUUUUUUGUGGUUUGGUCUACUUUUAUUGGGGGUUUAUUGUUUGGAUUGGAAAUGUGGAACACUGUUUAUACGGUAUGUAAAAUCAACUGUUUAUUUUAAUUUUUUUUAAUUCAAAAACAAAAUGUUACAGAUGAAUAAUUGAAAUUUCAGUGGACCAAAAAGCCUGGUAAUGUUAUUUAUUUGGGCGUUGUGAAUAUAAGUUACACUGUAUACAUGACGGCCACUUUUCUACAUAUUUUCGCCUUGUUAUCUUACGUUAUUAUACCCAAGGCUCAUCAAGUUUUUCCAACUUAUUUGAUCAUGUUGACAGCUGAUGUAAGUUAUGAGCACGUUCAUCCAUGUUUUUUGAUUUGUAAAACAAGUUUUUGCCAUUUUGAGGUUGUCAAAUCAAUUUAGAAAAAAAAAUAUAAUUUUAGGCGCUACGAACUACCAUGUUAUAUGCUCAACAUGCAUGUGUAACGUACAACCGAGAGAAUCCGGGCUACGGAAUCUCGGAAACAGCUCUAAAAAUGGCUCAAUUCUUUGGGCAUUUUUUCGAAUUUUUGUUUGUCUCAUAUGCUAUUCAGCAUGGUCUAUUUGUUAGAAACCGCAUAUUCGUUCUCAUUUUGUUGCCAUACUGUGUACAUAUCGCUGUGAAAGCACGGGAUACCAUAUGGGAGAAUGUGGCCGGCGUUUAG